UGAAAACCACAGGCUCAGUCAUAAACUGACAAGAACACAAUGAAAGCCACAAUGACUAUGAUUGCAGUUCUGGCCGUCUCCCUGAUGUGUGUUACUCUCUCACAAGGGAGGACACUUAUAUCAGCACAAGAGCUUAGGUGCCAAUGUGUAAAAACAGAGAGCAAGCCAAUAUCUCACAGACAUUUCCUGAACCUGGAGGUGAUCCCAAAAGGCCCACACUGCAAGCAUGUGGAAGUGAUAGCCACCAUGAAAAGGGGUCUGCAAGUGUGUUUAGAGCCUACAGCUCCAUGGGUCAUAAGGAUCAUCGAAAGAUUUUUAAAUACACACCCUUCACCAAACACUGGUUUCGAUCCAAGUGUGACCUCAUUUAGCCCACAGACAAGUUAG